CGGGGAUCUGACUAUGUACCAAAACCGAACGAAAAUCAAAACAGUGGAAGUGCAGUUCGGAAGUGCUGAAAAUUUUGCGAAAAUUUGUCUGUAAAUCAAGAUGAAGAGAAAAUUUCCGAGGUCGAAGGUGAAGACAAUCAUCAAAAAGACCCAGCCGAAUGUUCGUUUGGGCAAAAAUGCAGAUUUAUUGAUCUUUCUGGACUACAUGAUGUUUAUAAAACGGCUGGCGACGGAAGCUAACAUCGCAGCCCAGGAGCAGAAAGAGAACACGCUCACUGCAGCCCACGUCAAUUCUGUUCUCAAGGACGUACUGAAAGGAAUGCGAGGAUAGCAUACAAUCCACACUCUGCACGUUGACGUCUUCUGGCGUAGAUGUGGUAUCUCAUAAUGAGACGGGCAGGAGGCAACGGGAAAUCUAACAAGGCACCACUGGAUCUCUCCUGCCGAGAAGUGUGACAUUUGUAGAAAAGUGGUCUUCGUUCUGAAAAUCGCAUCAUCAGAAACGCCUUUGAACAGGAGUUUUUUUUGCAGGCAAUAUAUCUGGAUACUAUCUUAGAGGGAAUCAGAGAAGCCACUUCGACAACAACCUGUUUGCGCACUGCUGUAAGCGUGACUGGAUCCUUCGAAAUGAGUCCUAAGCAAAUCUUUUUCUCGGUUUGGAUUUGCAAUAGAAGGAGAGUACUCUGUUCCUUGUUUUGAUUUAUCAGUCAAAUAUAUGCAGGUGAAGGCUUUGAGUGAUCGUUGUUUGCUAUUUCCCAGGUUUGCA